AUGUGUCUCCAUUUCCGGAUGUCCGCCCCAACGCCGCGGCCUCACGACCGCAGCCUGAAACCAGAGGACGAGGACGACCCGCUGGACCAGAUGAUCGCUCGCACCGGCUGCACGGCCUUUCAUUACGCGGUACAGGAGUGCAUGGCGGAGCACCAGGACUGGAGGAAGUGUCAGACGCAGGUGCAGGACUUCAAGGAAUGCAUGCAGGACUAUCAGAAGAAAAGGACCGAGGGGCUGCUGAGGAAAAGGAGUCCGCUGAAGGGACAGGUCUCCUAG